UAUUUCGCAUAGUAACGUAUCGUUGAGAGCAAGCAAUUCGUUAGAAAUAAAAAGUGAAAACAAAAAGUAAGAGAAAAGAAAAAAAUAAAAUAAAUAAAUAAAUAAAUAAAUAAAUAAAUUAAUAAAGAAAAAUUCGUGCCUUUCCUUUUGUCGGGGAUUUAACUUUUUUUUUUUUUUUGUGAAGAAAAGAAAAGAAAAAAACAGAAAUCAAAUAUCAAGAAAAAAAGGAAAGAAAAAAAAAAAGAAAAAAGAAAAUGGAAGGAAAAUUAUUCUUCGCCGUAUUUGUUGUCCUUCUAUCGAUGAAGAAUGUUAAUGCCGGGCCUCCAGAUUGGGUACCCGCAGAAUUGUUAGACAUGGUUGUCGGAGAUAAGACACGUUGCAUGGAGGAACAUGGAACAACGCAAGCUCUGAUCGAUCAAGUAAACGAUGGAAAUCUGGUAAACGAUCGAUCACUAUCCUGCUACAUGUUCUGCCUGCUAGAUGCAUUCAGUCUGGUGGACGAAGAAGGUAAUUUAGAAGCGGAAAUGUUGUUGGGAUUCUUGCCGGAAAAUUUGGUGGCACAGGGCACCGAUAUUCUCAAUGCCUGUGCCAAACAGGACGGAGCGGAUGGUUGCGAAAGGGUAUUCAAGGUUGCACAAUGCGUCCAACAAAAAGUUCCCGAGUUAUGGUUCAUGGUUUAAAAAACGAAGAACGCUAUAAAAACGGGAGAGAGGCAAGGGAGAAAUAUAAUCUUCUGAAGCUACUUAACGAUUAUUAUAAAUAUUGAUUUUUUUUUUGUGCUUCCUUUUUAUUCUCUUCUCCUUCUUCUUCUUCUUUUCCUUUUUCUUUUUUAUCCUCUUUUUGUUCCAAUUAAAAUGAAGAGAAUCCAAUGAAAAGUCAUGAAAAGUCAUGAUCCAAAUAAAAGAACUAGCUCGUUGAUAAUUUUCAAUCAA